AUGAAUAAUACUCAUAUUGAUCCUCCGCGCGGGGUAUUUACACUACCCAUUACUUGCGAUUCAAGUAAUCCCUUCUGGGAUGUUAUCAAAUCUUCCAAAUAUUUUGUACUCCAAAAAACAAGAUCACCAAGCAGUGCAAUCCUUCGAGGUGUUAUUGGUACAAUACAAAAUGUCUUUGAACACAAAGCACCUCCUUUUCGAAUACUUUUUCGAUCGGAGGUAACUUCACCUUAUUUACAAAUUGCUGUUUCUCAAUCUCAGAAAGGGAUCGAAGAUGCCUGGAAAUGGAUCGAAUAUAGUCUAAAUGAUGGUUUGUCAAUACUUGAUAUUCCCGCAGAAAGAGAAAAUUAUGUUGUAACGAAAAUAAAUUCUUUAGUUACGCGACAAGAUAAAGGGACCGAUGAAGUUGCAGAAGAUCAAAACAUUCGAAAUGCAUCAAGAGUAUUUCGCCAAAAUUUUGAUAUAGCACCUACAGAAAGACUAGUUAAUUGGUGGAUGUAUAUAAGUGAAAACUACCUUGGUUUUCAUUCUUUGAUACUUGGAAUUGAGACAAAAUUACUUAUAGAAUUAAAAAAUAUUGAAAAUUUGGUUAAAGAAAAAUCUAAACGUGGAAUGGUCUCAGAUUCAAUUAAAGUGAUUACAAGGGAUGGUAACGAGUAUUUUUUCGCAAAUCUUUUUCAUCGAGACGAAACCUACGGUCUGUUGGUGCAAUUAACGGGUCUGUCAAUGCACCGAUUACUCAAAAAUGCUGCCGUCGAAUUGGCACCUUCAAUGUCCAUAUACGAUGCUGAUAAUAUUACAGACAAUCAAAAAUUGGAUUCCCCUUCAUUAUCUGAUCCUCCUUUGUCACCAAUGGUUCCAUCCUUAAAAAAAGGCCUUGAAGGACAAAAACGUGAUAAAGAAUUUCGAAUAUUUUAUAAUUUACCUUCAACAGAGCAUUUAAUGCAAGAAUGUGCUUGUGAUUUUACAAUAUCUGAAAUGAAAGAUUCUUGGGCUGGUAAACUUCAACUUUCUGAAGCUUACUUAACUUUUGAAUCUUCUAAUGAUGGAAAAGGAUGUAGUUUAGUAAUACCAUUGUAUACUGUACGAAGAGUUGAACGUGUUAAUAGCAAAACUCAUAAUCUUGUUUUAUCAGUAUUAAAUUGGCAUCAAAUGAAAUCUAUAUUUCAAUUUAAUGCUACAAAAUCUGUUUGUGAUAAGUUUUGCAGUACUCUCAGAAGUAAUCUUAAAAAUCAACUCCGUCAUAUGAAGUCUUUACGACCUUUUUUAAGUACUUGUUUUUCAGAAGUUUUAUUAAUUGAUCCAAAAAAGGAGCUUACUGUUGGAGGUUUAGGAUUGACUUUUGAAUUUCCUGGUGAUGCUAAAAAGCGAGUUUUAAUUCAUUUAUUAAAGGAUCGAGCAAAAACAAAGCUUUGGAUCGAUUAUAUGAACAAUAACGGUCGAAAUUUGACUCUUAUUAAAUUACCACACUUUUAUAAACUUGUUCGUAUUGGAUUACCAAAUAAAUUACGGGGAGAAAUGUGGGAAUUAUGUUCUGGAGCAAUAUACCUAAGAUUCAUGAAUAAUGGAUUGUAUGAUAAAUUGCAUAAGGAAUAUGCUGGAAAAGUGACCCCUUACAUGGAAGAAAUUGAGAAGGAUUUAAAUAGAUCUCUUCCGGAAUAUCCAGCGUAUCAAUCGCCAGAAGGUAUCAACAGGUUGAGACGUGUAUUGACUGCUUAUUCAUGGAAAGAUCCUGAAUUAGGUUAUUGCCAAGCAAUGAAUAUUGUCGCAUCUGCUAUAUUAAUUUAUAUGAGCGAAGAACAAGCGUUUUGGAUUCUGAGCGUAUUAUGUGAUAGAAUGUUACCUGGAUAUUAUAGUACUUCAAUGUAUGGUGCAAUUCUUGAUCAAAUGAUAUUUGAACACUAUGUUCAAAGUAAAAUGUCGAUACUUUAUGAUCAUUUCCAAAAAGUAGAUAUUCAACUAUCAGUUGCUUGCCUACCUUGGUUUCUCAGUCUUUACAUUAAUUCGAUGCCUCUUCUUUUUGCCUUCCGAAUUCUUGAUUGUUUCUUUAUGGAAGGUCCAAGAGUCUUAUUUCAAAUAGGGUAA